CGUGUAAGUUGUAGUCACGUUUCUGGUUAACAUGUCAACGUGAAAUGUUGAGGAAAGUGUCUGUUCACUGGCAGUAGCAAUAUCGCUGUUUCACACCGUAACUGGGCUUAUUAACCUUCAAAGUAAUAGUUUCCGGUGUUCUCAGGGGCUUCCUCCGGCGAGGUUGACAGCUAUUGCAGACCGGCUCAAUCCGAAAAACAACGAGGGUCUCUCUCGAAUUUCUGUCCUCAUAGCAUAAACGCAGUGUGCAGACAGGAUGCAGUUUUGGGAAAUCCAAGAAUGUGAUCAGUCAUCCUAUUGUGUUAUGUAGUCUUGAACUUGGAUGUGCACAAAAAACAGUGCCAGGAUUGGAGAAGAUUUGUGUCUUACUGUCACGAUUCUUCUGAGAUGGACGUUGGAGUGUCCAAGUCCCACGUGUUUCUCAACUACAGCCCGAGAGCCCUCUUCUCUCAGUGGAGCAUCCCGUCGGCUGCACGGCGUGUCAUGGAUGUAGUGAAUGAGGGUCACAAGAGCACCUUAAGCUCGGGCAAAAUGGUGGCUCUGGCUGCUGGGCUCUCUGUUGGGGCCACAGUGGGCUACAUUGUCUAUCGCCACAUAAGCAGCACCAACAACAGUCAGGGGCCCGACACUGAGAUGUCAAAGAUGACACUUCCUGUAGAAGUUUAUAGGAACAUGUCCAGAUACCAAGCCAAGUUUCUGGAUAUGGUGACCCAAAAAUCCGGAGCUCAUGUGAGGGUUUUGCCUGAUUCAGGGGAGCCUGGAUGUAAGGCCGUGUGUUUCCUGCUGCAGGGCUCUAAGGAACAGAUCCUGCUGGCCCGCUGCAUCCUGGAGAACCUGGUCACAGACUGUGAACCUGUCACUGUGGCUUUGGAGGUUCCUCAGACCGCCUUUGGACGUAUAAUAGGUCGUGGUGGAGGGAGUUUGAAACUGAUCACCAGGACCACAGGGGCCAAAGUGGCUUGUUCCAAAGAGAAGGUGCAUGGUCCUGAGGCAAAGGGCAACGUUACAAUCACAGGAACCAGAGAGGAAGUGAAACAGGCCAAGGAGCUGAUUCUAGAGAAAGUGAGAGAGGACAUGAUGGUGAGGACAAAGAUCUCACAGUCAUCUGCUCUGCGCCAGAAACGCGGCCAUACUGCUGUAAAUCCGAGGCCAGACAGCACAGAAACUGAAGCACCUGUGGGUUUAAACAACAAUGGUCCCCACCUCCAGACAGUGAAAAAUGGUCUAGUUCACACUUAUGGAAGCACAGGAGAACCAGAAAAUAUUUUUGACAAGAUGGAGGAGCUAAAAAUCAGCAGCACAGAAAGCAGAGAGGAGGAGGAGGAAAGUUUCUCCACAGACUCCCUCUCAGAAGUUUCCAAGUUUGAAAUUCCCAGCCCAGACCUGAGCUUCCAGCCUGAUGAGCAUCUCGAGGUUUAUGUUUCUGCGUCAGAGAACCCAAACCACUUCUGGAUCCAGAUCCUGGGGGUUCGCUCCCUUCAGCUAGACAAACUGACAGAGGAGAUGAACCGCUUCUACAACAGUGGCAGCCCCACAGAGCAGAGGGUAGAGACCAUCGUGGUGGGGGACAUUGUGGCUGCUCCGUACCGAGACCACGGUACAUGGAACAGGGCCAGGGUGCUGGGAGUUCUGGGCUCUGGACUAGUGGACCUUUACUAUGUUGACUUUGGGGACAAUGGGGAACUGCCCAGAGACAGCCUCCGCCGUAUGAGGAGUGACUUCCUCAGCCUACCAUUCCAAGCUAUUGAGUGCAACUUAGCAGGAGUGAGACCAAAAGGAGAGGUGUGGACGGAGGCAGCCCUGGAUGACUUUGACCAGCUGACUUACUGUGCUUCCUGGAGACCCCUGCAGGCCAAACUGUGCAGUUACUCUCACUCUGAGAUCUCCUCCUGGCCUAGUGUCAAGCUCUACGCCAACACUGAUGGCAAGACUGUAGAUGUUGGUGAGGAGCUCAUCCGACUCGGCCACGCUGUCAGCUUCCAGGAGGUGGCGAACGGGAGGAUUGAGGGUGACAAUCUUAGCUGUCUACAGAGGAUGCUGGAUGAUGUGAUAGGAGCAUCAUCAGAGCUCAGUCUCUCCUGUAUCAGCUUGUCAGAAGUUGCCUCAAUCUCAGGAAGUGUGGAUGAUGUCCUAGAGGAUGAGCUGCUCUGAAACCAAAGACAUACAUAAAUAACAAGCACUGACCAUCCAUUCCUCAGCAUCAGUUCUAAUGAGAUGAAGGGGACGUUUCCUUGUCUGACCCAAACUCAGCCAUAUAACUCCUGAUUGUGAAGCCUUACCUACUUCACAAAUGUGCAAUGGUUCUUCCAGCCAUAUUCAUUUAUUGUUGUAGCUUCAGCACACAAUGGAUUCUUUGUUUUACAUUUAUGCCGUUCUGUUGUACCUUAUUCAGCUUUGCGUAAAUGUUACUAUAUUUUGUGUUCAAGAAAUGAAGAGAGGAACAAGAACAGAAUGCCAGUAUUAUUAGUUAGAGGCACUGUGAGUCAGUGGAACCAGAGGGCAGCUGCUUUGGGGCUAGCAAUGUUUAACCUUCUCUACUUCUAUCCACAUUCAGAUUUAAUGGCCUACAUAUUAGGCUUACUAAGUUAUUAUGUUUGGAAAUGAAAACAUUCAGUAUUAUUGAAUGCAGUCCUUAGAUUGUGUUACUGUAUCAUUAGCUAAGGACAGAAGAAAGUGUUAGUUUGUCUUCAGAGGAGUAAUAGAUUGCACUAUAUAUUUUAAAAGAUUUAUUUUAUGUUAUAAAAUGUGUCUUUUACUUUGAAAUGCUGUUUGUGCUAUAAAUGUAUGUUUCAAAAUAAAAACGUAUGAGUGUGAAUUAAA